AUUAGAACAAUGUGAAGGGACUGGUAACAGUUCCAGAAAACAGUAUCACAUCCAGCUCAGUACAAACAUAUACAUUAAAAAGCCCUAGAGUUGUUUUGUCAAAAUCUUUGAGUUUCCUAAUGACUGUAACUCACCUCUCCAGUGGCUCACUCGGCACAGGGUCAUUAUGCCCACAAGCUUCUGAAUGAUUUGAUGGAGAAUUAUUCCAGCGCUCUGCGGCCUGUCGAGGAUACAGACAGAGCCCUCAACGUCACCUUACAGAUCACCCUCUCUCAGAUCAAAGACAUGGAUGAGAGGAACCAGGUGCUGAUUGCAUACCUGUGGAUCAGGCAGACAUGGCAUGACGCUUACCUGAAGUGGGAUAAAGAGGACUAUGAUGGACUGGAGGUGAUCCACAUCCCCAGCAGCCUUGUGUGGAGGCCAGACCUCGUCCUCUAUAACAAAGCCGACGAUGACUUCUCAGGACCGAUGGACACCAACGUGAGACUGCGCUACAACGGAGAGAUAACCUGGGAUGCUCCUGCCAUCACCAAGAGCUCCUGUGUGGUGGACGUCUCCUACUUCCCCUUUGACAGCCAAGAAUGUAACCUGACUUUUGGUUCCUGGACCUACAAUGGCAACCAGGUAGACAUCAUUAUGGGCAUGGACAGUGGUGACCUGUCAGACUUUGUGGAAAAUGUGGAGUGGGAGUGCCACGGGAUGCCGGCCACCAAAAGUGUAAUCAUGUACGGCUGUUGCUCUGACCCGUAUCCAGACAUCACCUAUACAGUGCUCCUGCAGCGCCGCUCGUCCUUUUACAUCUUCAACCUCCUACUCCCCUGCUUCCUCAUCUCCUUCUUGGCUCCUCUGGGUUUCUACCUGCCUGCAGACUCCGGGGAGAAGGUUUCCCUCGGAGUUACCGUUCUGCUGGCUCUCACUGUGUUUCAGUUGAUGGUGGCUGAGAGCAUGCCUCCGUCCGAGAGUGUGCCCCUUAUAGGGAAGUACUAUAUUGCCACUAUGACCAUGGUUACAGCUUCCACAUCUCUCACCAUCUUCAUCAUGAACAUCCACUUCUGUGGUGCAGAGGCCAAACCCGUCCCCCACUGGGCAAAAGUCCUCAUCAUUGACUACAUGUCCAAGAUUUUCUUUGUUUAUGAAGUGGGUGAGAACUGUGCCUCUUCCUCCUCCUCUUCUUCGUCUUCUCACUUCCCCCAGGAUGAUAUCCGUCACCAGCAGCUCAACUCUCAUAUUCAUGCAAAUGGUAAACCAGGGAGCCACAGUAGCCAACAGGACUGGCACGGUCGCAAAUACCCCAGACCUCAGACCCCCAAACCGCAACACCAUCCCAGAGUGAAAGCCCAGCACCACAUCACCAGAGAAGAGGGGAGCCCCUUCUCCAGCUUUGCACCUGGGAAAUAUGAAGGCUCUAAUGGGAAACUCCCUACAGGUGACUGCUGUAAAGAAGACCAGAAGGUCCCCUGCUACCCUGAAGACCAAACGCUGCCCUGCUGCCCCGAAGACAAAAAGCCUCCACCUCAUGGCCCCACUGUCACCUUCGGCCCCUGCAUGUUCUGCAGCCAUGGUAGUGGCUUCACCGGCAUGGACACUAAGCUGGUGCGCAAUGUUGAAUAUAUCGCCAACUGUUUUCGAGAGCAGAGGGCGACAUGCGCCAAAGGGGCAGAAUGGAAGAAGAUCGCUAAGGUGAUGGACAGAUUCUUCAUGUGGAUUUUCUUCAUCAUGGUCUUCCUCAUGAGCAUCCUCAUCAUUGGCAAGGCGCCGUGAUGUUACAGAUUUGUUUAAUAUUUGACUCAGUGAACUGUUUUUGGUCAAAUAAAAAAGUCAAAGGGACUAUUUAGUUUUUUAUAAACAUGCACAUUGAAAAGUAUAUGGCUUUUUCUUUAUUAUUAAUAUCAGUGCUGAUUAAAGUGAUGUGAAAAUAAACACAUUUUACUAUGCCUUCACUGUUUGUGGCCAUGCUGUAUUUAUUGAACAUUAACAAUAAUGUUAAAACCCAUGAUUUAUUACACGCAUAAUCAUUUUGUGUUUUAUACAUAGCAA